UAAAAUUAUGCAUAACGUAGUUUCCGACGUUUGCAAAGCUGGAUUUUUUUUCACGCUAUUAUAAAAAGCAUAGCGGGUAAAGUCAUGUUGUAAGCAGUUUCCUUCCGUUUUCUUUUAUUGUGGGCUUUUAACCUAAGACUGUCAUUGUAACAGUUCUACCGUUUGCCAAAAUGCAGACUGUAGGUUUAAUCGUGGUCUGCAUAAUGUAUGGCGUUAUUGCUGGUUUGCCUGUUCCUAGUGGCGAGGUCCCAUGCGAGGACCGGCCAGUCAAUAUCGAAACGAUCCAUAAGAAAUGUGUCAAGCCCGAGAAAAUCGCCAUGUGGUGCCCCAGUCCAGCCGUACCAAUACGACCCCAGUCAGCCCAUUUCCUCAAGACAUUUACCGGGGUGCGUUAUCCGCACAAUCGCCCAAAUACCAAUAGGCGGGAAUAUCUUAUUACCGUGAGACAUGUUCACAAAAAUGGGCAGUGUGUGGAGACAGCUGACAUCGAAAGGGGCAAUCUCACGAUCAACGGAGCAUUAAUUGAGCUAAAGGAAGCUAAUAAUGGAAAGUAUUGUUGCUAUGACGCGGCAGAUGAUGAUUAUGGUAGUUGCUGGAAUAUCAUGGUUACAGCGGAAAGUUGUCACGCCAGCGAUGCCACCCGUAUAUUUACCUCCAAUACCGAAGCAACAGAUAGCACACCGAACGCUUCCAACACGGAAGUGAUGGAAUUUACAACGGCUGAAUCAACGGAGAAUUUACAUUCUAACGAAGUCCGUGGUGAGACUGGUCAAGGCAUCGUCCCAUCAUUGGAGACUAUCACGGCGACCACGGACGCGCCACAUAACGAGACUAUCAGUACCGAUUGUCGAUGGCGUGCGACAACUUUAGUGGUGAUCGGAGCUCUCUCCUGUAUUGCAGGCUGCAUUAUAACAGUUAUAUUUACUCUGCUUCAUGGUGAAGCAAUAAAGGCAGCCUUUUCAAGAUGUUCCCUGAAGUGCCAGACCGAACCACGUGCGCGAAAAGAAGUUUCUUCAGCAAGCCCCAAUAACUGGGAAAUACAAUCUGUACAAGGCAAUGAGUACACCAGUUCGCCGGAGCAGCACCGGCAGUAUCCUUCCGGUAACGACAAACGCGCUUGUGUAGAAUGCAAUAUCUCUCCCGAAGAACAGACGCUUUUGUCAAAGAACAAAGCCACUGCAGACACGAUAGCGUUUACGUUGGAUAACAGUACAGCGGUUUACGCCAAAGUUCCAGCAGCAAAUGACACCACUGGACAAAAUGACACCGAUUAAAAGAUCAGUGAACUCAAAUUCUUAAAAUUUCAACUUCCAGGCAAAUUUCAGUUAAUAGAGUGGCGAAUUAAUUGGUAGAAUGGGAACAGAUUUUCCGAUCUUUGGUGCGUACUCUGUAAUGCAAUUUUGCAAAACACCAGUAACGCUGGCAUGAGCAAGUUUAACUGCCACGGGUUUCUGCAUAUUGGUGUUAUCUUCAUUACUCCUUACCAAUAGACGUGGAAAUAUAAGACUUCAAAAUGGGGACAUACGACUUUCUCUAGUACCGUACCUGAUUUCCCGAUUGUAAAUGUGAUUACACCAUUGUAUAUUGGGAAAAUUUAUGCUCCUAUCUCCUGCAGUUUGGAAUUUGUAUGCAUUUGUAUUCAUUUGUAGUUUGUACGCAUAUAACUUUGUCUCAUUGUAAGAUUUAAAUCCGACCAAACUCAAUGACUACUGGAAUAACGCCAAGAAAAAUAAUUGGAAUACCACUGUGGGUUUGCAAAAGUAAUAGCUUCUACCGUU